AAUCAGGGUUUGUUUUAAACCGCGUUCAGGAACUCCAGGUCAACCAAAUGGCAAAAGGUUCUCAGAAGCGUAUCGCUGGGCAAAAUGAAAAGGCCGUCAAGAAUCUCAGGCUCGGGAUGAUAGUACCAACUAUAUUGUCUAUUGUGCUCCGUCUCAUAUUCCGACGAAGCUCUCUCCCUCCAUCGAAAGGUGCUUUGGCAAUAUAUAUUCUCACAUAUCUACCUGCUCUCUUUCUUUCUCGCUAUCUGGAAAACAUCGGGACUUCCAGGCGUGAUCCAACGACGGGAACACUCAUAUCGUCAGGUGAAGACUUAAAUCAGUCCGGAGUAACCGAGUGGUGCUUUGAUAUCUUGUAUGUUACUUGGGGUUGUCAGAUCGGCAGCGGGGCAUUUGGUGAAUGGGUUUGGUACCUAUACUUGGUCAUUCCAUUAUACGCCUUCUUAAAGCUUUGGACUUCAUUUAUAUCCCCGAUGGUACUGGGCAGAUCUUCAGCACCACCAAGUGAAGAAACCACGGAAAAGGAGACUCUCAGCAAGAGGCAAGAAAAGCUGCGCAAGAGAGGAGAGCGAGGCGACCCUCGCGUACGAGCUUCGAGGAAAUAGGCCUCAAUAUCUGUAUUUUGUCCUUAUCUAUGCCCUCAGCAGGGCUCAGUUUUGCAUACAAUCAUAAUAUGAUCCGUUCAUAAUGUCUGCUCA